AUGAUUCCCGUGACAGCUCCUCCACCAGCGUUCAAUAUGUACGGUCUUGAUAUGAAGUCGUUGAAGUUCAGAAGAGUUCCUAUUAAAUACGCGUUCAUCAGUUAUCCACUGGCUAUCGACUGUGAUCGAACAGGUGGUGUCGUCACCGCUGAACUCGGAUCUUCGUUAAAGGUUAACUAUUUCCCAAGCCAAACCGCGCCUCUCAGUCUGUGCAAACUCGCUGAACAUUCUGUUUACCGGAAUUUCCCAGCCUUUGAGAAAAGUCCAUUGCUACGCCGUUCUGUAGGACAAUUGAACUGGGAUUUGAUCUGA